GGAAAACCCUGACAACCUGACAUGUCUUUGAGAGACAAGCACCACAUGAAUUUGGACAGUGAGAGUGCAACACACACUAGAAUGGAGGAUCAGCCAAGGUCGUCUUAUAGGCACCUGCUGCUGCAGGCUUGGUGCUGUCUCCUCACCGUGGCCAUGGUGAUUAUGGCUGUACAUCUCGCUACAAUGAAUCAGAAGCCAGCAGAGGUUGGAGUCCCUACACCAGAGACCAUCAACUCAACUCAUUCAGGUCGCAUACAAAGGCAGACUCAGGAACCUUUUAAGUCAGGAAGCUCUCACCCAUUCAUCCAGAUUUCCCACCAUAAUGGACGUCUGUCUGUAGAUCCUGUUUCGAAACAAAAUCGAAACAAAACCCUUACCCUGUGUGGAACGUCCAUCAUCGUCCAGGAAAACGGGACCUACUUCUUUUACGCCCAGGUGACCUUCAGGGAAGAUUCACGGGAGAGAUGUGUACUUGUGGAAAGAACUGGCUUUCAUGAUAAGAAAACUAAGACACUGGCUAAGGGCAUCUACCCGGCCUCAUCAGAGAACUCAGUGUGGUUGGCCAAGAUUGUCAAACUUAGACCGUUGGACAGUGUCAACAUAAACAUAACAGGUGAAAUUCUAAAUGACGAUACCUACUGGGGUGUCAUCAAGCUUCAAUAGAACUGGAGGUCUGGUUGGACUGGUAUGUUACUUGUGGCCCUAAAUAAACAAGUUAGAAUAAAAGCAAACUGGAUU